CAACCAUAAGGUAUCUACCUAGGUAGCGAUCAAACAUUACAGACGGUUUUAGCAUAUUUUCCAUGAAUAUUUAGACGGCUAGAAAGUAUGGACUUCAGACCGCUGGACCGUAUGGAUGGCUCAGACCAGAGCCUCCUGGAUGAGCCUUUUCAGCCUUUCUAUGACAUUGUGAAGAGGAAGCCGGUGCUUGUGAAUCAAGAUAAUAGCUAUGAUAGAGCGGUUUUCAGAGAGAGGCCGCUGCUUGGAGCACUGCUUUUUGAUAACAACGCAUCCGAUGCGAGAGAUCAUGCUGCAAACGAGAGAACCUUCUUAUCGUGGCUCCGACUAUCUGUGUAUAUGGCAGUCGUUUCCGUCGCCAUCGUGUUGUCUUUCCAUCUGAAGUCUAAGCCCAGUGAUACCGAAAAAAGGCUUUCACUUCCCUUCGGCAUCAUCUUCUGGCUUCUCUCUGUCUCCUGUCUCAUAUCAGGCCUGGCCAACUACAUCAGUACCAUUUCGAAAUAUAGUCAACGAGCUGCACUCGUGCAAGCCGGGUGGAAGACCCAGAUGUUGUUCACCUUAGUGGCAACUACCAUAGUUGCUGCUUGUGUAUUGUUUCUCGCAACAAAUGCGCGGAGUAGUAAGUAGAUUGAAGGAAUUAUAACGUCUACUUAAGGCGUCAAGGAUUCUCAAAGAUAUUGGGGAUCAUAAUCUAAUACCUUUUGGAUAUUGUAUCUAAUCUUCACAUACUUUUAUACACUACUUAUGGCUGGCUAUAAUUUCAAGAACCAU